AUGAUACAGGGUCCACACUGGUUCAUUAUAGCAUGCUGUAGUCUAUCAUGUUAUCUUAAAUGAACACUCAGUGGUCAUAGAAAGUUAGAAACCACAGAAAGAGAUAAAUAUUUUUAAAGAACAGCUGUAUUUCAUUAAAAGAGAACCACUAGCAUAAUCACGAAAUGGCUGUUAAGAGUCAUAUAUGUCUGCUGAGACUCAUCAUUCUCUGCUCACUUCUCACAGGUAUGAGUGAAGCAGAAGUGACUGUGUUCAGUAGUUUUGGUGAAAAUGUCUCUCUGCCCUGUUUUACUGCUCUUUCUGACUGCACCUCAACUACAUGGACUUACACCAAACAUAGUCCAUCAGCUGCAGUAGAACUGUUUGCUGGAGGAAUAAAAAAUAAAAACAUAGAGAGAGAUGAGAGACUGAGUCUGGGGUCUGACUGCUCUCUGAACAUCUAUAAAACAACAAAAGAUGAUCAUGGACUAUACAACUGCCAACAAUAUGUGAAUGAACAAAAACUUGGAACUGAUGCGCAUGUUUUUCUACAUGUUCUUCAUGUCUCUCCAUCAUCCACACAGACUGAGAUGAGAUCAGGCAGCUCUGUGACUCUCACCUGUCAGUUGUUUACUUUUGACAACAAUUGUGAUAGUUUGGUCCGUUAUGAGGAUCUUCAGCUGUUCUGGUUGAAUCAGGCUGAUGUUAAUCUGCUGACAGACUCGAGAUAUCAGAUAUCAGCAUCAGGACUCUGUAUCAUCACUCUGACAACAAUACUCCUGAAUGAAGACAACAACAGAGAGUGGAGAUGUUUGGUUAAAAAGAGGUAUGAGAUUAAGACCUCAGCCUGCUAUACUGUCAAGUUUAGAGGUAUGAGUGAAGCAGAAGUGACUGUGUUCAGUAGUUUAGGUGCAAAUGUCACUCUGGCCUGUAUUAAUGCUCUUUCUGACUGCACCUCAACUACAUGGACCUACACCAAACAUAGAUCAUCAGUUACAGUAGAACUGAUUGCUGGAGGAAUAAAGAAUAAAAACAUAGAGAGAGCUGAGAGACUGAGUCUGGGGUCUGACUGCUCUCUGAACAUUUAUAAAACAACAAAAGAUGAUCAUGGACAAUACAACUGCCUACAAUAUGUGAAUGAACAAAAACUUGGAACUGAUGCACAGGCUUUUCUACAUGUUCUUCAAGUCUCUUCAUCAUCCGCACAGACUGAGAUAAGAUCAGGUAGCUCUGUGACUCUCACCUGUCAGUUUCUUACCUUUGAUAACACUUGUGAUAGUUUGGUCCGUUAUGAGAAUCUUCAGCUGUUGUGGGUGAAUCAGGCUGAUGCUAAUCUACAGACAGACUCCAGAUAUCAGAUAUUAUCAUCAGGACAAUGUAACAUCACUCUGACUACAACACUCCUGAAUGAAGACAACAACACAGAGUUAAGAUGUUUGGUUAAAAUGAAGAAUGAGAUAAAGACCUCAGCCAGCUACACUGUCAAGUUAGGGGAUUCAGCAGUUACCAACACAAACUUUGAGAGAUCAACUACAAAUGAAUCAGAAACUGAAAGAAGUUAGACAUGUGUGUGUCAUCAUUGAGAUAUAAAGUACAUUUAUUCUGAAAUAUAACUGCCAUCACUGAAGCUCUCAGUGAACUGAAGAAGUUUGUCAUGUUGCUUCAUUGACGAAGACACAGGAAUCAAUUAAGAAUAAUUCAAUUCUCUUUACAAAUAACAAGCAAGAUUAAAGUGUGAUUUAUUAAAAAGCAAUGGUUUAUAAAAUCUCAUAACUUGAUGUUAAUAUACUUUGACUAAAAUCUUUGUAAAGAUUUUGGAGGAAAAAUGCAAAAACAACACAUGAAUGCAUUAAAAUGAAAGGAUAAAUAA